ACAAUAAUAUCUACUUUCGCAUUUAUAAUAUUAGUAAGAUGUGAACCGAACCGGAAGAGGUAUCCGACUCGAUCGACGCGACAUUAUCACGUCAACGACUAUUUAAAUAGAUAUAAUAGAGUACACAAAAUUAUUUGCACUGUACUUCACCAAAAUGUGCAUUAACAAUGGAAACGCACAAUAUUACGCACAUUAUUACGGCUGAAUUAAAUAAGCUUACAUUUAUUCAUGAAAUAAUAAUUAUUUAAAUUCGAUUUCGGUCACUUACCGUUUGAUUGUGUAGACUUCGGCAAAUUAAUAAGACAUUUUCCAUUGGCCCGUUCAGAGCUGUGCUUACAAGUUGAUUGUGCUCAGGAUUUUGGCCAAGAUAAAAUAUGUCGGUAAUUUUAAAAGGUGCUGUUAAAUUAUACUAUUAUCUAAAUGAAGAAAUUGCAGAUCCAAGGACACAAAACUGGUACCUAAUGCGUACUCCGUGGCCAGGGCUGGCCCUGAUGAUUUUGUACCUGCUGACUGUAUUCAAAUGGCUGCCCAAGUACAUGAGCAGUCGCCCAGCGUACGACCUGCGGCCAGUUAUAGCAGUCUACAACAUUGUACAAAUCAUCGGGUGUUCAUAUGUCGUCUACCAAAGUUUAGCGCUAGGCUGGUUGAAUCACUACUCGUUCAUCUGCCAGCCGGCCGACGACGGGCCGCACAGUGUCGAGUACGCCUGGAGGGUGUGCUACAUGUACUUUGUCAUUAAGUUCGCGGAUCUAUUAGACACGAUAUUUUUCGUUCUGAGAAAGAAACAGAAUCAAGUGACCUUCCUUCAUGUGUACCACCACUUUGGAAUGGUUGCGGUUUCAUGGGGUAUUGUCAAAUGGGUACCAGGCGGCCACAUAACUUUUCUGAUAUCGGCAAACUGUUUCGUUCACAUAAUAAUGUACAUAUAUUAUCUACUUACUACAUGGGACGAGUCGUACAAGAAAUCGCUUUGGUGGAAGAAACACGUAACUCAGAUACAGAUUAUUCAGUUCACGAUUAUACUAAUCCAUUUUCUGUUACUGGUGGCGACCAAAGACUGCAGGUUUCCACGAGAGCCCGCCUACAUUAUGAUACCACAGAACCUAUUCAUGGUCAUACUGUUCUGUGACUUCUAUUAUAAAGCUUACAUUAGAAAACCAAAAAGUGUAUAAUAAAUAAUGCGCUCGAGUUUGCGUGUCUUAUUUACGUAUAAAUAAAAUAAAUAACGUAGGAAGACUAUAAAAAAUGUGUAGGAAAGGACAGCAUAUUAAUAGCGUGUAACACAAUCAGGAUGAGUUUUUAAAAAAACUCAAUGAAAGUCAGUCAUUUGUAAAAUAAUUGUAUAAUAUUAUUAUAGUAUCUACAACGAUAUUUCGCUUAUGAACACUAUAUUUAAAGUAAAGUUACAGGUAAUGCUGUUAUGCUGUUAAAAUUGAGCCGAAUUCUACACGAAUUUUAACUAUUUAUUCCGUUCUGUAAUAUUAAAUUUUAAAAUGUAGGUAGGUAUGUAUAGGUACUCGUAAUGUGUGAUGGAAUUUGAAACGCUCUAUAUUUUCCACUACAUAUUUUGAUAUUGCUCCCGUUACUAUGGAAGUAGUUGUUGCAGUUGUUUUGUGCUGUAUAAUUAUGGACUUGCGCAAUAACAAGACUGCUUUUUGCCGUUUUUAGUACGCACUGUACCUAGUAUUUAGUACAAACAUUGUACAAAAUUCGCGCCAAUUUGAAUACAACCACCGUCAAACUUACGUUAACGUCAUAUAUUCAGCGUGAGAGAAAUUCGCCUCAGUUCAAAACAAUUGUUACUAACCAAUAAUAAUAGCUUUGCCUGAAUCGCCUGGUCGGCAAUUCUUUGGUUUAUUCCUCGAAGUUCAUCACUAGAAAUAAUCACAAAAUACAUAGCGAUAAGCAUAAAUAUGCACCAUUACCUAUAGGCCUUAACUAACUUUGUUAAUUUUGUAUAAAAAAAAAUCGUUUUGAAUAAAAAUACAUUUUUUUUUAUUUCUAUCGAAGAAUGCACAAUAUUUAUAACAAUAAUGGCCUGGCCAGAUAACUUAUAAGUGGAUAAUUUCAAAGAUUGUAUUUUUGUAAGUAAAUUGAUACUUAGUUGUAUAGUAACAAUAAAGAUUUAUUACGUGAACUUGGCAAUGCUCCUUGCUCGUUUCUUUCUUACUUAAUUAUAAACUAAUUUAUUUCAGUUUAAAAUUUCAGUCUUAAAAGAUAUCCUACUUU